UAUAUACACACCAAGCCUCCUCAAAACCCCGACGAACGUGAGGACGCUGCAAAACCCCGACCCAUCGAACCCUAAGCUCUUGCCGCCGGACGCGGCCGCGGGCGAUCGCCGGCGGGAAUCGCGCCGCCGUUCUCCGCGGAGACCUAGGGCGCUUCCCGCCGCCUCGGCUUCUUCGCCUUGGUCGUUUCGCGUAGGAGGUUCUUUUAGUCGGAGAUCUCGAGUCGCUUCGCUGCCAGGGAGUUGGGGGAGGACGCCCGGUGGACAGGAUCGUUGUACGUCAGAUUCGGCAUCUUCGCGGGUUUUGUGCUGCGGAGCUUCGAGGACAGUGGAGCAUCCAGUUGUCUGAUUUAUAUGUGUUGUGGAACACUGAACUUGGACCUGAUGCCGGACAUGAUUUAGAGGCUCUUCCUGUCUCUUUUCUGCACUAACAAGAUGGCACCUCCAAAUAUUUCCCCGGAAAAGUUUGAUCUUGCCAUCAGAACCAUGAAUGGUCUUGGUAUCUCGAGAGAAACAGUUUCACCAGUGUUGAAUAAUCUACUUGAAUUGUAUGAUUACAACUGGGAGCAUAUAGAAGCUGAUAAUUUUCUGGUUCUAGCUGAAGCUAUAUUUGAUGGUCCAGAUCCCGAGAUCGACCAGGAAGGACAUAGAAGGCAGUCUCAUGAGAGGAAGAAUUUGGAUUCUAGCCACUGUAACAAGAAGCUUAAGGUAGGCCAGCAGUCUCAGAAACCUACAUCUAAGAUGCAUCGCAAUGACACAGCAGGGAAGCUGUCCUCUCGAUCUCCUUGUGAAAUGAAACCCACUCGGAACCAAUUGCAGUCGUCUUCAUCAAGGUUACUGAUUAAUAAACCAAACAUGGAAAGCAAUGUUGUCGAGGAUACACCAGUUGAUGAAAAUAGUUCUGCUUUAUUGCUCCGGGGUCAAGACAUUCAAACUUCUGAGUCACCGCUAGCAGUUAUCUAUCCUCAAGCUGAAGACUCCAGCCAUCACAGAGGACACAAAGAUGCACGUGGAAUUUCUGGUGUGCAGCCUGCUGCUGAUCAAAACUAUAAAGGUGUUUCUGGUUCUCACGAAAGAAACACGAUUGAUGCAUGUAGCAGCAAAGCACUAGUAAGCAGUCCAGGUCUUUCAAGCAACUUUGAGGUAGUUUUGUCAGAUACUGGAAUGGGUAAACUGUCUUUCACAUACAACUCUUCCCUGGCAAAUCGUCCUGAUUUGCAUAUGCCUGACAUGGCCUCAGUAUGCAAGGAAAUGGAGGCUAGAUGUCUCAGGAAAUAUAAGAUCCUAGACUCCAAUUUCUUUUUCAUGAAUAUUUUGGAAGAUACUUGCCAGUGUAUUGUUGACUUGAGCUCUGAAUCUAGUGGACCAAGAGAAGAAGGCAUUGUACAAAUAGUUCCUACCAUGGAUUUUCUGUCUGGGCCUUCAGUGCCAAAAAUGCUUCAGUCAAAUCAAGCUAGUUCCUUGUAUAUGCCUCCUAAUAAUCUCAUGAUGCCUGGUGGUGUUUGCUCCUCUAGUGCUGUGGCUAGAGUUGGACAGAGCAGCUCCAGUAAUAUGCAGGUUGUUAAAUAUCAACCAACAAUUGGUGCCAACGGACCAGCUCAUGAUGUCAGUGAUAUAACAAAAGGCGAAGAAUGUGUGAGUAUUCCCAUAGUUAAUGAAUUUGGCAAUGGCAUUCUUCCUUCUCAAUUCCACUACAUACCUCACAAUAUCACAUACCAAAAUGCCUAUGUAAAUCUUUCACUUGCUAGAGUAGGAGAUGAAAAUUGCUGUUCAGAUUGUUUUGGAGAUUGUCUAGCACGAGCCUUUCCUUGUGCGUGUGCAGCAGAUACUGGAGGGGUGUUUGUCUAUACAAGAGAUGGCCUGCUUACGGAGGGAUUUCUAGAUUCUUGUCUCUCAAGUAAUGCAACCUUUCAGUGCAAAGUUUGUCCACUAGAACGAGCGAAGACCAAAGUCAAUCCUGAUCCUUGUAAAGGACAUCUCACAAGGAAAUUUAUCAAGGAAUGCUGGAGUAAAUGCGGCUGCAACAGACAUUGCGGAAACCGUGUGGUGCAGAGAGGCAUUACUCACCAUCUAGAGGUGUUCUUAACUUCUGGGAAAAAAGGAUGGGGGCUGCGCACUGCUGAGAAACUCCCUCCUGGUGCCUUUGUUUGUGAGUAUGCUGGUGAAAUCUUAACAAACACUGAGCUGUAUGACCGAAAUAAAAAGAUUGGCAAGGAAAAGCACACGUACCCUUUGUACCUGGAUGCGGAUUGGCUCACUGAAGGUCUCCUGGUGGAUGAUCAUGCUCUCUGUCUAGAUGCCACCUUUUAUGGGAACGUGGCAAGGUUUAUAAACCAUAGGUGCUAUGAUGCUAACCUAAUUACAAUACCUGUUGAGAUUGAGACGCCAGACCAUCACUACUACCAUGUGGCAUUUUUCACGACCAAGCAAAUAGAGCCUUUUGAAGAACUGACAUGGGACUAUGGUAUUGAAUUUGAUGAUGUUAACCACCCCAUUAAGGCAUUCAAAUGUUGCUGCGGAAGCAAGUUUUGCAAGGACAAAAAGCGUAUCUCAAGAUCGAAAUCCAGAGCCCUGGGUUACUAGGUUGAGAGACAGCGAAGAACUAUGGAAGUUAUCUGUGUUUGUGAAGGCAGAAGAUAUUUUGCUCUGGCAUAGGACAGAUACGUUUGGCUGCUGACUCAUCAACUGUAUUCCUUUUGCUCGUUCAAGAAGUGUUACCAAGUUGACUUUUUUAUGUUGGUUGCCCGUUCCUGGUUCUUUAUUUCACUAUAGACUAAAGGAACUCUGUAAUGAUAGUUUUAACUAGAGACUGAAGGAACUCUGCAAUGA